AUGUCCAACUUCUUCCGGGACUCAUCUAUGGGCUUUAAACCGCGCUCCAAUAUCUUCUCCAAGUUGAGAAUCAAGGAAGCGGAAGUUCAUGUUGAUGAUUCACUUACCGAUGCAGAUUCUUCCCUAUCUGAAGAUAUACCGGUUCAAUCGAGCCAUGGCCGUUCGGAGCAUUUAUCCACUACGGUCGUAGAUGAUUCUGGCCUUCAAAAUACGCAUGCGAAGUUUCAACUAGGCUGCAGUACGCCAAAAGCCUCUAAGAAACCAGGAACUGGAAAAGGUGAGAGCAAGGAUGAAUUUGAUUUAGAAAUAACAGAAGUCAGAGAUGUUUUGGGAAGGAACAAUUCCAAUGGCAAGUCAGGAGAUGAUGGCUUCCCAGACUGUUCUUCUGCUAAAAUGACUGGAAUUCAUGAACGGACGACCAUCGCUGGCGCCAAAACAAAAGUUGAAGAAGCACAAUGUGCGGAUACGUCAUCUAAUGAUGUACUUUUGGAAGCAUUCAAUAAUACGCAAAAGAUCUGCUCGAACCUUAAGCAAGAACUGCAGCGGCAACAAUCGGAGAACUCGAAGCUGAAAUCUCAAAUUCACAGUUAUCAAGUUGAUAACGAAAAGCUAUCGGCAAGGUUUGUGGAUAUGAAACAGCUUUUGACUGAUUUGAGUGAUAAGUCGGCCGCUCUUUUCGCUCAAAAAGGUGUCACAGAUGCCAAUCUGGAAGAGAUCAAAGGCGAUUAUGAAAGACUCAAGAAGAAGGUUGAAAAAUAUAGAAGCGAUAUUACAGAGCUGAAAGUUAACCUUUCUGGGUUACAGACCAUGAAGAGUAACAGUGAUGCUGAACUCAGCAAUCGAGCAAAGGAAAUAGAUUACUUGAAAAGAGAGCUGAACGAUCGCUCUGGUCAAUUAAGUGAGGAGAAAUUGAAGAAUAGCUCGUUGAUACAAGAGAUUGGAAAAACAAGAGAUGGCUUGAAGGAAUUUUUUUCCCGUCUUUUCGCUGAUGGACAAGUGGAGCUCAGCAGUAGAUUUGACACUAUCGGAGCUGAUGUGAUAACAAAAAUAAAACCAGAUCUGGAAUCAUUUUUGAAAAACUACACUGAAGAAUCAGAGAAAAUAUUGACCGCUAACUUAUCUAAUCUUUCAGCUUCUUUCCAUGCGGCACUUCAGCAAUCAGACAGGGAGUCUGCAGAAAUACUGACAGUGCAGCUGGGAAAAGUUCAAGAACAAAUUGCCAAUCAUACCACUAAACAAAUUCAAAGCAAUCAAAGGAAUCUUUUAAGUAAGUUAGGCGAGAAGCUUGCAUCACAAGAUGUUCACAUGGAAGGAGAGCUAGAGAAGUUUUAUAAGGAGCAGCAGAAUCUGAUGGAAAGCAAUGGUCAGCUGCUCGAACAAUUCCAGAAGUUGACGCGAGACUUUGACUGUUACAGAAAUCAACUAAGGAAGUGUGAAGAAUACGAAUCAAGACUGAAUGAGUUUCAGUCGCAAAUCACUUCUCUGAAUUUGCAAAAAGGUCAAGCUCUCAGCUCCCUCGGAGUGAAAGAAGCUCAAUACGAAGAUCUCAUGAAACAAGUAGGGCUUCAAAAUUCCGAACUCAGCAAAUGUAAGGACCUUAAAAACAAGCUCCGUGCUAAGGUAGACUCUUUGGUGGAAGAUCUUGGCUUAAUGAAGAGCAGAUGCUCCAAUUUGGCUGAGGAGAAUAUUACAUUGAAGGCAAAUUCCGAAAAUAAAAUCAUUGUUCAAGGUGAGCUUCUAAAAGGUCUUCAAUCAGAGAAUGAGUCCCUGAAACAAAGGAAUAAGCAGCUAGAUGACAUGAGGAAGCAGUUUGAGACUGAUAAUACGUCGCAUGUGGAUAAAACGCAAAGAUUGAACGAUCAUUUGCAGAAGCUAAACGUAGAGAUGGUCCAGAUUAAAGCUCACGAGUUGGAGCUGGAAGAGGCAAACAGAAAAAUGAAAUAUCAGCUGGAACAGGACAAAACAAGCUAUGAAGAGGCAACAGAUGACUUCAAGAGGUUGCGACAAAGGGUCAUUGUGCUAGAGGGGGAGAAGCAAGACAACGUCAGAGAGAAGAUUGAGUUACAGGAUAAAAAUGACGAAUUGCGAGAGUCAAUCAAAAUACUGAAGCAAAAUCUCAAUAAAUUGCAGAAACUGGAACCGCAGAUUGAGAAGCAAGAUACCCAAAAUAUUGUGCACAGGCAGGACAACGAAGAAGAGCGACGCAGCGAGGCCAUCGUAACUCCCAAUCAAGCUGCAAAGAAAGAUUGUAGUAUACCUGAGAAGCCAGCCAAUGAGAAUGAUGAGUUUGAUCUUUCUUCUUCGCUCAAUGAUGACCUAGAGCUAACCAAUCCAUCGCCUAUACAAGUUAAGCCUUUAAAGACCAAGAGAGGCAAGAGCAAGUCGAUGAAACCGCCUAACUGUUCCAGGAAAAAGCUACUCCUGCCUGAUGAAGAUGAGUCUACGCAACUGAGGCAUCGGUGGAAGAAGAGAAGAGCAUGA